CUUCAGACUUAAAGCUGUUCCUGAACCAAGACUUAAAAGAUCGUGAUAUGACAGCUUCUACGCCUUCAGGCUUAAAGCUGUUCCUCAACCACACACGCUAAUCAACAAUCAUGUCUGAGCAAAACUCAGCCUUACCUAACUUAACUACAUCUCCACCAACGACUCAAGCCAGGGAUGGAGAAUCAAUAGAUUCUGAUGACGCGACAUGGAUUCUGACAAGUGCCUUCAUUAUUUUCACAAUGCAGUCUGGCUUCGGUCUCCUCGAAUCCGGCAUGGCGUCAAGAAAAAACGAAGCUAAUAUUAUGGUCAAGAAUGCGGUGGAUGUCAUCUAUGGUGGAUUGUCCUAUUGGCUUUUCGGGUUCGCGCUCAGUUUUGGAAAAGAGCAAAUUGGGAAUGGCUUCCUCGGCUUGGGAUAUUUUCUGACGGACGCAGACGAAAGCGAAAUGGGGCAGGUGUUCUCAAAAUAUUUUUUUCAACUCUCUUUUUCUACGACGGCGACAACAAUUGUUUCUGGAGCAAUGGCGGAAAGAACAAACUUAAAAGCCUACACACUUUAUUCGUUUUUGAACACUUUGACUUACACCCUCCCAGCUCACUGGAUUUGGGCUGACAAUGGCUGGCUUCGGAGAAUGGGGGCCGUAGACAUCGCCGGCUGCGGAGCAGUGCAUUUAGUCGGAGGUGUUAGUGGUCUGGUGGCGACGAUAAUAUUGAAGCCUCGAACGGGAAGAUUUGACACAAAUUCUCCGCCACUGCAAAUGGCCUCUCCGACAAAUGUUCUCCUGGGAACUUUCAUGUUAUGGUGGGGCUGGUUGGGUUUCAAUUGUGGCAGCACAUUUGGAAUAAGUGGCAAGAAAUGGAAACUUGCUUCAAGGUACAAAUAUUCCCGUGCCUCUAAAUAAACAUUUAUCCAGACAUGUUAAAUACAUUCGUACCUAUAUACCGCAAACAUGAUAAUUUUCUCCCUUCAAAAUUUGACAGUUAUCUCAUAUAAUGUAGUGUAAUAACGGAUCAGUCAUAUUUUUUAUCGCCUAGAAGAGGUCGGUGGAUUUUGGUCGUGUCUCUGCGAUUUACAGUCAGUUUUUUUCAGUCCCCCCUUUUACACCCCCCUCUUUACACUCUGUUGGCGACGACUGAUUCCCCCCUCCGUUCCCCCUCGGAGCCAUGUGAAAAAAAAAAAAUCUUCCGGGGGGGCCCUCCCUCCCCCCAAGCUAUGAUUGUUCUCUAAUCACCUACGUCUGUUGGUAGAGGGAAGACGAAAAUAUAUUGUAUUUUUCGCGUAUAAAGUUUAAAUCUUCCCAAAAGUUUAUAACCAGUCGUUUUUACAUCUUGGUGUAUUUUAUCAAACAGGUCAGCUGUAGUUACAAUCAACGGCUCUAUUGGCGGAGGGAUAAUGGGCAUGAUGUACAGGUAAAUGAAUACCGAUAAAUGUGCCAAGAACACGCCUUCAGACGCCGCCAUUUUGAAACCAACUAGGUAACCUGGCUGCUCAUGCAGUCCCACAACGAGCAAUUUACAAACAACUGCUGCCCUUUCUAUUGCAAACAUAUUAAUAAUUCAUUAUUUGAUUCAAUAAUUCCUUUUUGUUGUAGCUCCUAAUUGUACAAACGGGUUAUUAAGAGACGGAAAAAAGAGGGUGAUAUAUCGUAACGCCGCAGGUAUGCGGCUUGGCUGUUUAGAAAAAAUUCAAAAUGAUGGCAGUUAGAUCACUGGUUUCGUCUGAAAACUCGGUCAGCUAGUGUUACAGUCUUGAUAUUAAUUUUUGAUGGCAGAGAUGAUAAUUAUGUGGAUACUGGAGCGUGCCUCAUCGCAGGAGGAGUUCAGUCUCUUGGCCUGAUCCUCUGCCUUUGGAUCACUAGUUGAUCUAAAUUUUCAUACAACCAAUAAGAAGCCCUGUGUUAUUAUUUUUUUCAGCUACAUUUUCUUCAAAAAGAAGUUAGAUAUUCCGACGUUUGUGACGGGGAUUUUAGCAGGGCUCGUCAGUAUUACAGGUAUUUGUUUUUAAAACUGAUAAUCUACAACGAACUCCAAUGGAGGCUCAAUCUCAUUAAAAAACAAACAAACAAACAAUAACAAAACAGCAAGACAGUGAGGUUUGAAAUGCUUCAUGAUUUCACAACUGUAAUGCUAGAACUUGGCCAAUCACAAUGUGAAGCUUACAGGUGUAUAUGAUUUCUCUCUGACAAGAUGAAUUUAAAUUAGAAAUUUGACAAUAGAAUAAAUUACGACAUUUGACAAAACAAACAUGAUGGAAACAAACUGCUUUACCUCGAGGAGCUCUGACGGUACUAUUAAUGUGACUCAAGUCUUGGAGUUAUUUUCCAGGAUACCAGCGGAUAAGUCUUUAAAAAUUACCAUUCGACAUGCACAAAACUUGUAAAAUUUAAGAUUUAAUCAUGUUCGCAUAGUCGUUAAAAAGGUUAACACUUUUGCAAAUAAACUGGUGACCCUCUUCCCGUAUAAAAUGAUGUAAUUAAAUCCUUGUCCUUUAUGCUCUGCUCAGCUAUCUGUUCCCUCGCUCGCCCAUGGGAAGCUCUUCUUAUUGGUGCAAUCGGCGCCAUGUUGGCAUGUCCCACAUGUGCUCUUCUUGAAAGGCUCAAAAUCGAUGAUCCUGUCAGCUGUGUACCUACACAUGGCUUGGCAGGGAUCUGGGGCCUAUUGGCUGUUGGCUUGUUUGCUGAGAAAGACAUACUGGAACGUACAUUCUCCAACGAGUUUGGACUCUUCAAAGGUGGUCCUUGGAAAUUCGUGGGAGUUCAAUUGCUUAUGUCCGUUGUAAUGGCUGCGUGGGCCGGUCUCACAACAUUAUUAGAGCUACUAUUGGUCGAUCGGCUGCUUGGACUACGCAUGAGCGUUGAGGAUGAGCUACUGGGCGCUGAUAAAGUUGAGCAUGGAAUUGACGAUGACAUUCCCGACCCGAAACACGAGGAAAAAGAAAGGGAAGGAGACAACAACAUGACAAUAGUAGAACUGGAUCUAAGCGCCUUGGAAAAAGGUGAGAUUGGCACCACUUUGUCCAAAACAGAGAACGGAGGGAAAGAUUCGCGCAAAAUAAUCCGUACCCAAAGGAAACUCCCUCGACUGAAUUGGCGAAGAGCUGUGUCACUGAGAAGCUCUGCAACCGAGAACUCUGGCAAGGGUACAUUUUCAUUAAAAGACGGGUAUAGUAACGGCGGCGUAAGACUUGACGUUAUUACUGAGCUUACUCAAGAAAACGGAAAUCUGCCGACUUCCACGACGAACAGUAGUGUUUUUCAUACAAGCUAAGACUAGAAGCAGAAAACUUAAAAGCGGAAGUGAAGGGGCUGCUUUUUAAACCCCGUUGUCUGCUUUAUUAAAUUUAGGAGAACGUUUUCCAAUCAAACAGUUCGCACAACUACGAAUUAAAAUAAGUAAAUAGACAAAUGAAUAAAGAAGAACGUUUUGUCUAUCGGGGGCUGAAUGUUUUAAUCAAAUAAAUCCUUUAACCUCAAAGGUCUGACUGAACAUAAAGAUAAAAAUUAAAGAUACAAG